AUGUCGGCCACAGACCCCAGAACUCCCGGUUCCUGCGCGAUGCGCCUCCGGAACCUCGUGGGGCUUUCAUCAACCUCUAAAACCGCUCUCCUACGAUCGAUUGCCGAUGACAUCCGCGCCGCGUUCAUCAGCAUCUCCAAGCAACUUUCUCGUGGCACGCUGCGCACUAAACAUACGGAUCCUAUUCAUGAUCUCAUCGCCAGUAUCAAGAGCACCGAGUCGCCGGAGUGCCAGAGGAUGCAGCAAGAGCUAGAGCGGUACCGACAGCGCGAACGACGGUGGAGGGUGGAGAGAAAGUGGAUGCGCAGGAAAGUCAAGGGUCUCGUAAGACACUCAGAGGAGAUCCAUAGACGGUGGAAAGAUCAGCUCUGGAGAGCGAAAGGGGAUUUUGAUGAUGCGGCAAGAGAAUUGACGGUGUUGAGAUGGAGGUAUGAGUUGUCUAGGUCGCAGGGCGAAAAGAGGUCGUUGUUGGGCGAGCCAAGUCAAACGGAGUCAAAUCGAUGA